UACAGUACAAAAGUACAACAUCGCGCCAUGUUCAUCUCAAUGCGUUGGGUAGCAGACUAGAAUAACUACGAUUUAGAAAUUAGAAAAAAUAAUAUCUAAUUAUGGUGAUUAUGAUCUUAGUUAGUAUAUAGUCUGAAAGCAUGUUGUUUUCUAUCGCGUUACGCCAUUUGUAAGUUCCAACAGAAUUAGCCGCAGAAGCAGUCGCUGUUACUGUCGGCCGAACGUCGCACCCAAACCCAAACAAAGUGAAAACUGAUUUACUCCGCUUCACAAUGACACCAUUCGAUGAUUUUGUUUAUUUAAUUAAUCAUGUGCUACUAGGCGAAGAGCCGACCAUUGAGGACUUCAUAUUGCUUGUGGGUACAUUAGUAGCAUUCAUAGCUUUCAUACUCUGGUGCUGCUUUCCCAUUCAGCCAAAGGAGCCGGGACCUCAUCGCCAGUUCACAUGCAAAAUCAUACAGAAUCCAAUAAAAGCUUUUGAUGCGGCCACCAGCACCGACGACAACAAUGCUGCCAAUGCGACACCAUUCCCUUCACCGUAUAACACUGGAGCCAAAAGCGGCCUCGGUGCAAAAGGCAAUACCGGCGCGGAUGCCGGCCUGACCAGCAGCAUGUACAACGGAAGCAACGGCAGCUAUAGCAAGAACGGCACUGUAGCCAUGCACAAUUAUUACGUUAAGAACGGACACCAUUGCUGCACCUAGUGGCCAGCCUAAAGUUGGCAUUCACGAUUUCGCAGACCUGAGGCUGGGAGAUGCUGCUUAUUAGCUUAGCGUUCUGUUACCUAAUCAGUUCUUUGUAUGCACAAUGAUCAGUGCAUCACCGUCGUCGUUAUAGGAAUAAUGCCUGUGAAUAUUGAUUGUAAUUUGUGCCAAUUGGUUCGACAGGUUGUUAGGAAGCAGCUUUAAGCUGCCGGUUCGCAUUCGCAAGCACAUUUGAAUUGUAAUUGCUCAGACUGAUUUGUUUAAAAAAACAGGACAAGACAAGGAAAGGCAGACGGCAUGCAAACCACCUUGCAUGCCCUGCCUAUGGUAGGGAAGAUUGGCAAAUGUUACAUAUGUGGCAAGUUUCUAAAACUUCCUUGAUAUCUAUAUAUAUAUAUAUGUGUAUAUGUGUAUAUGUACAUGUGUUGCAUUUGUGGAAAUACCAAAUUAAUAUACAUAUGUGUGUAUAUGAAAUCCAAGUAUCUAGUUCUAAGUAUUUGUGUAUUAUACAACAAACAAGCAUAUAUUGUGACCACGUUCGCUUAGCCCAACCCAAAAUCUCCAAGACAUUUGCCAACCCAAAGUGGAAAGCAACAAAAUUCUUAAAAUAAAUUACCAUUUUGUUUCGCUGAAGGAAGAACAUAGAAGCCCCUUCUAGCGGGAAACACCUAUAUAAAUAAAUAUAUAAAUAUCUUUAAGAUGGAUUAUAUGAACACCACACCCGGAAACCUUACAAAAUAUCUAGCAUUUAAUAUUUCCCCGAAAUCGCGUUUAUUUCCUCUGUACAUGCAUUCGAAUUUGUAUUUGUGUUUAUGUAUACAUAAGUAUCGCCUAUCUUUGUAAACCGCAAAAUAUUUGAUCUCAUUUAUAUAAUUAUUUAUUUGUGAUUUGUGAUGUAACUGUUAGAAAAUUCCAACGUCCCUCUACCACGAGGGGGGGGGGCUGUAAAUGCCUAGAUCCCUCUAACAAGAAACGAAUACGAAAACCUAUAAAA